AGUUCGCAACUUUAUGAAAUCAGUUCGUGUAUCAUGAAAUCUAUAAUCGAGCGAUACAACAAGUCGAAGGAGGAACAGCACGAUCCAGUGAUAAAUGCAAAUUCGGAAGCAAAGUUCUGGAAACGGGAGGCAGCAGCCUUGAGGCAUGAAUUACAAAGCUUGCAAGAAAACCAUCGGAAAUUGAUGGGCCAAGAGCUAUCCAGUCUGAGCGUUAAAGAGCUACAAAACUUGGAAAAUCAGUUGGAAAUGAGUUUGCGUGGUGUCCGUAUGCAAAAGGACCAAAAGCUUACAGAUGACAUAGACGAAUUAAACCGAAAGGGAAGCCUCCUUCACCAAGAAAACAUGGAACUAUACAAGAAGGAACGCCAUCUACGUCAAGAAAACUUGGACUUGUUAAAGAAGCUCAAUGAAGCGAGAGAGCCACGUGAGACAAUUAGGAUAUCUCAUUCUCCAAACGGCUUUCAUCUUGAUGAAGAAGAAGAAGAUGAAUGUAUCAAACUCAAAUUAAGCCUACCAGAACAACAUAAAUAUGCCACACCACAAAACCCUACACCGCCGAGCUGA